CUGGUGUUAUACAUGCGCUUUCUUGUACUUAAGACGAACUCGCAGUGGAGAGAGUUUAAAGUCCAUCCAGGUAUCUAUCCAACAUACAAAGAUCGCAGCUUCCAGUUUGAAAGUGAAUGGGAUUAAACAGUUUGAGGAGAAACAGAGUACACAAUACAGAUUGACUCAUUUGUAAUGAAAGUGCAUUUAACACAGAUUAUGUUGAAAUUGUUCUAUGAGCAGUCCUGCAUCCGCAUCUUGCAUGCUGUCAACAUCCACUGCUAAAGUUACGGAGUGAGAGAAUCAACAUAUGAAGAAAAUAACCAUUUGUGGAUGUGUUCAGUGGCUGCUGUUUUAACUGGUUCAAGGACUUGGCGUUCUCCAGAGGAGGGAAGUCAAACAGGUGGCAUUAUUAUUAUUUUUUUUUGUAGGUACCAGGGAGAAGUUACAUGAUUAUUGAAAGCUUACUUGCCCUGUGAGACAUUGUGCCUCCGGCACAGUCGGGAAAAUGAACUCCAUUAAAUGUGUCCUGGUUGGUGACACCGCGGUUGGAAAGACUGCCCUGUUGGUGCGAUUCACCAGUGAGACCUUUCCAGAUUUGUACAAGCCCACAGUGUACGAGAACACAGGCGUGGAAGUCUUCAUGGACGGAAUACAGAUCAGUCUGGGGCUGUGGGACACCGCAGGGAAUGACGCCUUUAAAGGAAUCCGUCCGCUGUCAUUCCAGCAGGCUGACGUGGUUCUGAUUUGCUACUCUGUGACCAACUACACCUCAUUUGUGAACAUCCGCCACAAGUGGAUCAAUGAGGUCAGGAGCUACCUGCCCAAAACCCCGGUGCUGGUGGUGGCUACCCAAACAGACCAGCGGGAAAUGGGACCAAACCGUGCCUCCUGCAUCACCCCUGUCGACGGCAAGAGACUGGCUCAUGAUAUCAAAGCAAAGGGCUACUUGGAGUGCUCCGCUCUCAGCAACAGAGGAGUACAGCAGGUCUUCGAAUGUGCCGUUCGCACUGCAAUCAACCAAGGGAAAAAACAGACCAGAAGGAAGCUUUUUGACAUAAAUCAGUGUACAAUAUUUUAAAGUUCUCUCUUUGUUUCAGCUCCUGGACAUACUAAAGAUCUCUUCACUUCUAUUGUGGACUAAUUAACUGUGGAAUGUAUACACAGACACAGACUGUUCUGGAACAUCAUUGUUUUCUGCUGUAACAACUUUCAAGAGCUGCUCAUGAAUGCUAUAGGCAGGCAGCGUUUGGUUCUAUAAUGUAUUAAUCAAACUUGUAUCUUCUGUUGAGUAUUAAGAACUUCUUAUACUGCUCACCUCUCCAUCAUUUCUUGAACACAAAACAUUGUAGUAAUUUUAUACACACCUUGUCACUCACAUGGCUUUACCAUGCCUGCCAAUGCAUGUUUGUUUACAUUACAAAUGUAAAGCUUCAAAUGACGAUAAGGAGAUUUUACACCACGUUUUAUGUACCUUGUUAGAAAUGUUGUAAUAACAUCACUAAUGUGAGUAUGUAUGAUAUACAUUUACAGCUAAUUAAACACAUUUGACAGAU